AAGCUGACCAUUAGAAGCAGAAGCUGAGCGUGUGGCUAUCAACUCUGGCAUGGCCUCUAUAUUUUCCUGGAAAACUUAAAAGAAAGACCAAACCGGCCUAGCCUUAGCGGAAUGCGUGACCUUUGCUGCGGGAAGAGAUCUUCCGCGCGGAAUCUGCACCUAACAACAACAUUCCCAAAAUCCUGAGCGCGACGACGUGGGAAGGUGAACUGCCCGACGCGGAAACAAUAUACCUGUCGCAGCUGAUCUCGAGAGUCCCGAGGAAGACAAGAAGGCGACAAAGUGGUACGCGCUGGUGAGGAGGACUCAGAUCAGAUACAACCACAGUAUCAAUUCCGGUAUGGCUUUCGCUGAAGCGUCCGGCAUAGAGAGCUCUUCAAACUCGAAUGCAGAAAUGUCCGGUAGUGGACAUAAGCGCAAGCGGACUCCGAUUGAUGAGGGAAGACAGUCCGCUCCUCCUCCCGCCCCCCAUUCCGGCGGCGUAACUCAGAUCAACUACUUGAUGAGGGCGAAGGCGGAGAGGCUUAAGCUUAUUGAGGGGGAUAGCGAAACUUUCAGUGAUAUCUUGGGUAUGAUUGAUGAUUAUGAAGGUGUUCUUCAACGUCACGAAUCACUUGCCGCAAAUCUUGGAGCGAAAUUGGUUGGACCUCUGCUCCUGAAGUCCUUCGAGAAACUGUUUGAUGGCCCUAUCAGAACUAUCACAGCAUCGUUUGCUCUAGAACAAUCGCCAGUGUCAUGGCUCGAUGUUGUCACAUUUGCGCGAACAAACCCAUUGGAUUUCGGACUUUCUGAUAGCGGUUCAGGUGCGAAGGCUUGCCGAUUUUGGAUCAAAGGAGGCCAAGUUGAGAUCUCUGAGGAUGACUAUCGACUAGUCAUGUCUGGUGGUCCUGAGAGAAUGAUUCCAACUCAAGCACUUCCAGAAGAUGAGACAGCCGAACUCGAAACACUUAAUAUCUUGGAAAAUAGACUUGUAAUGCUCAUCAAGAGAGCGGAUGCUGUUGCCAGCAAGGCAAGACAACUCAACUACCACCUCAAAGGUCGUAAAACCGCAGUUCUGAGCAAGAAAGUAACCGAACAAACUGGUAACCUAGAUCCGGAGAACAGGAAUUUUACGCCUCAGCCUUUCUCACAUACUAGUUCACGAUCAAACGGCGAGAGCUUGAAGAUCCAACAACAUCUCCUCGACCAAUUCACAGCAGCCCGGAGACAGUCCAUACCACACGGCCGGCCUAAAACAAGCAGUCGUAUACCUACAAUUGAAACCCCCGGCUUUCACACCUUUAACGGACAGGAUCCAGAUUACCGACGACUAUCCCAUCCUCUGACAGUAUCAGAAGACGGCAACGAGGGCCAGUACCGCGUCCUCAUAGCCUCUAAAAUCGAAAAGCUCAGCCGUGGCGACCCCAUCUACCCACCAUGUGAUAGAUGCCGGCGUCUAAAAUUCGACUGUACGAAACACCUCACGGCCUGUCAAGCAUGCACGAAGAAGCACGCUAAGUGCUCCUGGAAAGACAUUAAAGACGGCGAACUCGAGUACAUGCCUCACCUCCCAAUAGUCUCCCAGCAUCAAGAUCCGGAAAGCAGGCAGGCUAGUGCACCGUAUGAAGAGAAUCUAGACCCAGGCCUGAGGACAGGAGCAGCUGCGGCUACGGGGCCGGGAGUAGGGAUAGGAGGCCAUCCUAUGAUAGCGCAGAGCUCGGAUCAAGGGAGUGAGCAUGCGGUUUUGACGCAGAUUGCUACUGCGGCGGCAGGUCGAUGAACUUCUUCUGCUUCGCAAGCCCGGCACAGAGCGAAGACAAAGGAGAAGAAGAAAGAAUUCAUAGUCAGAUUCUUGUUUAGAGUUAAUAGAGCACAGACAGAGAAGAGAAACAAGCAAAGAGAAAGCACAGAACUUAAUAUGGAAUUUUUGAGAUCGUGGCGUAUAGAAUAUCAAUGCUACCUCUGUACAAGCAGUCGUAUUUGUAUACACAACCAGUUAGCAUCAAGCUCUGUCUGUAACUUCUCUCUUCAACAAUUUUCUUGUCCCCGUACCCGCUGUCAAAACGAAAAUUCCUACCUAGUAUAGAACGGGGGUCGAGGCUGGGCCUGGACCCCACGUCCAAUAGAAAUCCUUACCCUUGCCGCGACAAAAACAAAGGAAAAGAAACAUAUCAAGCCAACGAUUCAAAGAUAUACCCACUUUGAACGCCCUGUCGCUGUGUCCAAAUUUUGGUAGCACAUCCCUAUCCCUAAUAAUCCAGACCGAUUUCGGUUUUGAUUUCGCUUCCCAAUCUGUUGGAAUUUCAGCACAGACGGACGGAUCUCGGAAUCGGAAUCAAGAAAUCCAGAUCCGCCACACCUGCCGCGACAAGUGGCAUGAUAUUAAUACUCUUGUUGUG